CGCCUUGUUGUUGCGGUACAUACUGUGUUAUCUCUUAUCACUCGUGCAGAAAACGGUUUACCACUGUGUUAUAUUCAUCUUUACAACGCUUUGACGACGAACAUAAUGAUACAUUUAUUUUAAUACUUUUACGAUAUGUUACCACCAGCAGGAAUAAAAUCUCAUUUAAUGUUAAUUACGUAAGCAGUUGCUAUUGUCAGUGCGUGCAGCCAAAUUCGACAUUGAACCUGUCCUGUCUUUUUUUAUUCUAAUACAUUUAAGUGGAGAAGUGCAGAUGGUUUUGAAUCGGGUGUCUUCAACAGCUUACAGACUUCCACCAAAGCACAACCUUUAUGUUACCAUUCGAGGAUUCCGGUCUAUUCCAAGAGAAGAUUACAAAAAAUACUAUUCUGUAUUGGGUGUGAAAGACGGGUGCGAUCAAGAAGAUGUUCGACGUGCUUUCGUGAGCCUGGUUAAGAAGUACCACCCGGACAGUGAUUCGCCAGGAGCUGAUACUGAGAAAUUUCGAGAAAUUGAACAUGCUUAUCGAAUGCUGCAAAAUAAAUUUGCCAAAGAUAGGCAUAGCAAAAGUUGCGAAGGAGAGUAUGGUCUUUACUACGAAGAGAAAAAAGGGAAAGAGAACAGUCAAGUGAAAGAAUUUGAUAUUAAGCACACAGCACCGCAGCAUCGACAAUACCUCUCAUACGAUGGACAAGGCAUUGGUACUCCUUCCGAAAGACAAAAACAGCACCAAAAGUUGAGAGCAGCAACUGCCGUAGAAAAUGUUUACAGCCACAGGAUAGCCAAACUUCAAUCAAAUGAAUCGCUCAGUAAAGAGGAUUCACUGAUCAUUAAGGACAAAAAGAAAUCUAAAGACAUAAAGACUAGGUAUGGCAUGGAGCGUCUUGUUGAAGAUCUGAUUCAAGAAUCAAUGGCCCGUGGUGAAUUUGAUAAUUUGCAAGGAGUUGGCAAGCCUUUAAGGCAGUAUAAUGAAUAUAAUCCAUAUGUAGAUUUUACAACGCACAAAAUGAACCAAAUCAUGAUUGACAACGGUUAUAUGCCUGCAUGGAUAACCUUGCAAAAAGAAAUUAGAGAAGAAAUCGACUACAUCAAAUCUACUCUGGCCAAGGAGCGAGCUAAAUAUGGUCCUCAUCCAAUAUCACAAGAAGAUGAAUAUUUGUGGUUGGGAAGUAUUGAAAAAUUGGGAGACAAUGUUGUGAAAGUUAACAAGAAAAUAGGAAGAUUUAAUUUGGUCGUUCCAAUCAUGAAAAAACAGAUGUUACAGUUUGAUAUUAUGAAAGAAGCUAAUAAAAUACUCAUUGAGGGCGAGUCGGCGGUUUCUUCAACCAGCUCUUGCCCAGCAAAAACAGAGGAGAUACAGAACAAAGAGGGGACAAGUGCAAUCUCUGAUCUGAUAAAUAUUGUGUUACGAAGAGUUUCCAGACAGUAAUUUCCUUCGUAUGUACCUUUUUUUAUUAUUAUUUUACGUUUCUUUGAUCAUUUUUAUGGUGCUACUCCAAGAGCGGAAUGUAUUUCUCUCAAAUGAUACAUCCUCAACAUUCUCGAUUCAUGUUUUUGCAGUUAUGUGUGGUUAAGUUAUAUUCAUUAAAAAUUGUUUUCCAAAUUUU